GAAGUGUACUGGGCUCCAGUCUCCAUACGCGUCACUGAACCUCCCCGCACCAGGACUCUCUCUCUCUCUCUCUCAUGCACACACACGCACGCGCACACACACACACACACACACACAUACACACACACACACACACACAUACACACAGAAGGUGUUUCAACUUUCCGAGGGCGAAAACAUUCCAGUCGACUCUCAAGGUAAACGGUUUAUUGGGGAGCGAGACCUUCGUAUUUAUAGAGGAGAGAGAUUACGAGGCUGUGACGGCGGCGACUUGCCGAGCGGAGACCUGUUCGCCAGAAGUGAUUGGCUAUUUCUUCAAAUGAGAAAGUCAGAGAAAUGUCUUUUUCUCUGGGCGACACCGUCAGCAGCAUCCCAGCCAUAAUGUACAGGCGGGAACCAGCGAGUGUUCGCAGCUUCCAGACAAUAUUUGGAUUGUCAAGAACUCAGAGGUCUCAGAGUGCUGAAUUCUGAAUGCUAACAUCUUUACUGACAUCGACGCACGUCACUGAGGAGCAUAUAUCGGCCAACACUCUUCCAUCUCCUCGCUUGAGCUAAAAGCACAGAGAAGCUCCUCCUGCUCACCUUUUGACCUCUGUUGCUAUGGAGAACCUCAGUGAGCUCCAGAACCCGUUAUUGGACAAAAACAGUAAGCACAUGGUCAACGGUUAUGGGGGAGACUUCCCUAAUAACCAGUACCAGGAAAACAUUAUUAAUUAUUUUGCUGGAGGAGGAGGUGGCGGUGGAGGUGAGGGAGGAGGAGGAGGAGGAGGUGGAAAGGUGAAUAACAGCAACGUAGUGAGCGGAGGAGGAUACAAUACCAACGGGAAGGUGAAAUCUCAGCAACUUUUGGACGCCACCUCGCUGCAUCUGGCAGUAGAGGCCUUCUACAGGCCCAACUUCAUCCUAUACAAGGAGGACAGCGGCAGCAUUAAGGCUAAGGAAUACAAAAGCGAAUGCUGUGAGACCACCUUCACGGAGAAGAAGGCGAAGGAGGCAUCCAACACAGCAGGGGCAGACACGCCUGGCACAGAGGAUCCUCAGGCAAAGCUGCUGGAGGACGGCGAACACAUCAAAAUCCAAACGGUUUCCUACGAGGUGGAGGAGGAGGAGUAUGUGGAGUAUGAGACGGAUUGCUCCAGCGACAGUGAGAGCGAGGACAACUUCAUUGUCGUCCCUCCACGAGACCACCUCGGCCUGGCCAUCUUCUCCAUGCUCUGCUGUUUCUGGCCUCUGGGGAUUGCAGCGUUUUACUUCUCACAGGGGACCACCAAAGCGGUGAACAAAGGUGACUUCCCACUGGCCAACAUCGCGUCCCGACGGGCUUUGUUCCUCGCUGCCCUCUCCAUCACUAUAGGCACUGGUGUGUAUGUGGGGGUGGUGGUUGCUCUCAUUGCCUACCUUUCUAAACCAGGACGCAUAUAGCAGCCACACCUUCCCUCCACGCACCUCCGGGGAACCCAGGAAGAGAACAACCCCCUCUGGGGAACGGCGUUGCUCCUGCAGACUUCGAGGAAAGUUUUUGGGGAUGUACAGUUUCUUCCCUCCACCUUCCUUUCUUUCCAGCUUCCUCUCCCUACAGGCCCUCUGUCAGCCAAGAUUAGCCACAGUGACUGGAGAGAGGUCAAGCUUGAGGGUGAGAAGAAGGGGGAUUUGGGGAUAGACAAAGUUUUUUUUCUGUUGAGACAGGGAGAGGGUUUGAGUAAUGGAAGUAUUCCAUGUUGGAGCCCAGUUUGAAUCCCAUUGACUUAAACCCCUGUUGGCUUCAUCCUCUUUUGGCUGGUUUUUAACUUCUAAGACCCCUACAGAAACUUUGUGGUGAUAGGACUGAGGCGAUAACUCCUAAGCAAUUAUUCAAGAGCCGAGGUUGAGGAUGGUUAGAAAUCAACACAAAAUCACUCUUAAACCAACUCCAUGUUAUUGUUGCUUGAGCUGCUGUUAAAUUUGGAGCCUCUCUAUGGAGUCCUGUCACCUGUCAUCUCAGUCUGCCGACCAGGACUGUCUUUAAUAGACCGCGAUCUGCCCUCAUCAACUCCAAAUACCGAGGCUACAUUUGUCUCUGGGCCGACUGCCUCACAGUGGGAGAUAAAAAAAAUUACAUGACUAUGUGCACAGUUUCUUAAAUCAUGACAAAUGAGGGCUUUCAUUUCUGGAAAAAUUUUAGAAAAAAAAUACAGAACUAUUGAUAAUAGUUUCCAUCAAUAAAGAAUAAAACUCUUGAGAGGUUGAAAAAAAAAAAAAAAAAAAAAGAUCACAUAGACAGGAACAGAGGCUAUUUUCUUUCAUACUGAACAAUAUGCACUGGCAUGAAUUACAAGAAUCUCAAUGGAGCCUCAGGCCUGUAUUUUAACUCGGAGAAGGUGUCCAUCCUUUAAAGACGUGCCCUGAAGUCUAACAAACUCUGUUUAUGCCAGAUAUAGUUUGCCUACAUUCAUGCAAAUGUGCUUUGUUUUUAUGUUUGUCUUUUUAUGUUCCCUGCUGUCUAAAGGCACCUUGAUUGAUCUCACUUUAAGGAAUGUUCAUUUAUAGCCUUUGAAGUAAAGCACAGAUGUGAGGUAGCCAGAUGGUCAGAAAUUCAGGGGAAAUGGCGUCCAGUGCCCCCCCCCCCCCCCCCCCCAAAAAAAACAAAAAACCCCAAAAAAAACAAAAAACACAAUGACAACGACAACAACAAGAAAAAAAUGCUGCAUCCAGUAACUCGAUGUGAAAUGAAGCAUCCGCCAUUCACAAUGGGUGUGGAAGUUAUAAACCACAUAGAUGAUGUCAUUAAAAGUCGGGCCUUACAUCUCCUCCAAGACUGCACAUACACAAACAAAGUGUCGCAGUCUGACAGCUUUGAGUGUAGCUGUGAUCAAUUAUUCUUUGCAUGACUCUAGCUAUGCCAGCGGUGUACUGCUACGCAUGAUUGAUCGGAUUUAGAGCUUGUUUUUGUCAGAUCAUAAAAAAGCUUAAAUUAAAAUUGAUCAGGCUGUGAAGGGGCUCAUAUUUUUUGCAAUACUUUAACCCACAUCCCUCAAUCCAGCUAUUAAAGCAUAGAGCGCUCCGUGGUAAUAAAGCAUUGAGACAUUUCAGUUUGUUUCAAGAAUUCUUACUCAAGACGAAAAAGAAGACACUCAACAAACAAAUUCACUGAUCCUCUUUGUAUGAAGGGCUCGUUAAUUACUGAGAUUUUAGUCCGUAUUUUCUAUAUUGUAGAUUAUAAAGCAGGCAGAUGCUGGGUUCAAGCAGUUAAGCCUCAAGAGGUGACAUUAUAUACUUAGUUUUCCCUGCACAGUUCCUACAUUAGUCAUACCUGACAUUUAUGGUGCACAGUUAGAUCCCUGUAAUGGCUUUUUCUGAAGGAAUGUGUACUCUCUGGAGCUUAGCCCUAAAAUAGCACAACCACAUUAAUUUCACUAAUAAGCCACUUUUGGCGUCACUGGUUGCUGUCAAACCCUGCAAGUAAACAAUCCAUUUACACAUCCUCGGCUCUGUGAACAUUUUAAAAUAAACAUGGAAGUCAGUUGUGUUGUGGUAAUGAAGAGUGAAUACUGCCCGUAUUCUCCGUGAGGGGAGGUUUCCAGUGCACUUUGCUUUAUAUGAAACUGCAGAGAAGACUUCAAACUUUUGAUUGAAUUUUAUUUGUGGCUGCCUGAACGAGAAACCAUCAGUCAGAUAAAGACCAUGAUAAACUGAAUGCUGAUUGAUUUCUAGCAGUUUGUAUGGGGCCCUAUAUUUCACCUCAUUGAGUUUCUGGUCAUCUGAAGACCUGGUUAUUACACUUUAUAAGUUUUGCCUUAUGACCUCUGACCCCUUCUGAACACAUGUCCCAGUGGUAACUCAUGAGCUACUGAUCCCACAUCAGUGUAUGCACACAUCAUGACCAUCACUGUAACUAUACUGAAAUGUUUGCUUUCAUCUCUUGGAGAAAGUUUUAUUGCUGAAAAUGAUGAACAUGCUUUGUGUUAUGUAGCGUGUCAUUAAAAUGAUGUGUUUUUAUCUGGCUUUUUUGGCAACCUGGUAUUGUGCAGUGUGUUACAAAAGUAUGUGGGUUUCAAUGCAGUUGUUCUUUCCUUCUCAUUGUGAUGAGCUGAUGUACACAUCCACGUGACAAAGACAUUUGCUGAAUGCAUUCCUCAAUGCCAGGGUGAUAGUGCUCUCUUUGUGUCAUGCUCUUAAGCCGAAUUAAAGAAGAUUACAUUUUUUAAUUACAUUUAUGUUUUGGGAUUUUUUUCCUAUCUUGUGUCAAGGCAACAUGUACAUAGUGCAAAUAAAAACAUGUUCAAAUGUAAUGACAAAUAAAUCAGAAAGGAAGGAUGGCCUUUCUUAAAAGCAAAAA